CAACCGGAGCACUAUAAGGCAGGGGAACUGGCAGCUAAUCCUCAGGAGCUUACACAAUUCUUACUUCUUCUCAUAAGAGGUUUUUACCGAUGCAAGGGAUUCUCCGAAAACAACACAAACCCUUCCUCUCCAUCCACCAGAGUGAGAAAACAAAAGGUAGAGAGGGAAAAACGUUCUCUCUCACUUGCUUGCACUAAUCCCUUUGUUGUGGAGUAUUGAGGGGCCAGGGCUCUUGGCUGACUGGCCAUCCCUGUGUAAUGGGGGCUAAUUCGGGUGAAGGGUGCCCAGCCAGCCCUCCUGCUGGCCAUCCUCCACUAGAUUAGGCAGGGCGGGUACAUUUUUAAGGCCUCCCCCAGCCCAAACACAUUCUCCCUCUCGUUGCUUCUAGCCUCGCUCUCUCUCUAACUCUCUUUCUCUGUCUGUCUUUCUCAAUCCUAUUUUCCCUGCCUGAUAAAACUUCUCUCUUCCUCUCUGUCUUUCUCAAACUCUUGGCUGCACUCUCUCCUUCUCUUUCAUUUCCUGUCCUCCUUGUCGUCUCUCCAUCCAGCCCUAAGUCAGUGGCAGGGGUCCCAGCAGGGAGAUGGGGGUCCCAGGUGGGACCAUGCGGUUCUGGAGCCAUGCUGUCCCCACAUUGCUCCUUCUACCCCUGUGUCUGCUGGGGAGGAUCGUGGAGGGCCAGGCCCCAGAACAGGGCAAGGAGAGGGGCUACCUGCAAGAGGCCAUCAAGGCUCUACAACUUGGUUCUCAGACCCAGCUCCAGAGGGACCAGACAGGGUUCCUACUCUCCACUGUCCUCCAGGCUGUGCACUGUGCAGAACGGAUUGGGGGAUCACAGGAGCUCUGUGACAAGUGCCUCACUCCAGACCUUGUCCUCUCUGUCCUGGAGGAUGAUAGGAAGGCUUACCUCACCGAGGAUGACUACCAUAGAGUCUCCACCGUUUUGCUCUACUACAUGAUCAACAUGGAACACCUGUGUGCCACCAACCCCUCCCCUUCCUCCUUUUCCUCCUCCUCCUUGUCACCUAGCUACCAGUACUACCUUCUGGCCCUGACCAACCUCCAACCUACAGAAGAAAGAGGCUUCCUCUCCUCCAAUGAGAUAGAGAGCAUUCUGCAGCUCAUCAACCAGAACUAUCAACCACCUGCUCUAGAGACAUCUGGCUCCUCCCACUCACAGUGUAUCGAUGCCUCCCAUCUACUGGAUGAGUUGGGGAUCACAGAUAGCCAAGGUGCUGAUCCAUCCUCAGUGGCCACACUGUCUGCAGCCAUCAUCACCCACACCCUGCAGGGCCACUGUUUCAGCAAGAGGAACCUGCCCUCCCCUGCCUUCUUUACAGAUUACAUCUUCCAGUCCCUCAACCGCACCAGCAACCUACAUGUCAGGGAUUUGGAGGAGCUGCUGCACCAGCUUGGUGUGGGAGGUGGUAGUGGAGGGGCCUAUCACUCACACUGCAGGGAGAAGCAGAGCAACACAGGCCCCUCCCAUAUAGGGUGUGUCCAUGAGCUUUUGGGGAUCAACACAGACUGGACACAGGUAUGCUACUCAGCCAAUCAGCUGGUGGAUAUUUUUGUUCUGGAUCCGCAUUUGCAUAUUUCCCGGGAUCACUUCAAACAAAUCUGCCCAGCUGUUAUCCAGCAGUUGCUAGGGAAUGCCUGUGAGUCCACAGAGCCAGCUCCACGAGGAUCUCCACCCAGUGCCAUUGAGAAAUAUGGCUACAGUACGGCUGCUGUGUUACUCAUCACUGUGGGCUCCAUGUUGGGCAUCUGCCUGAUCUUCUUCAACUCCUGCCAGGAGACCUACGCCCUCAUCCUGCAGCUCUUUGUGGGCCUGGCCGUGGGAACCCUCUCAGGGGACGCCCUCCUGCACCUCAUACCACAGAUCCUUGGCCUCCAUGACGACAGUCACCAUUACGAUCAUCACUUUACUGAGGGAAAGGAAUAUCUGUGGAAGAUUUUGGGAAUCAUCGCUGGAAUCUACGGCUUUUUCCUCAUCGAAAGGAUCUUCUCCCUUGUGAUGCCAUCACAUGGCCAUGGUCACGGGGGCCUGGGCAAUUCCCAUGACCUCCCCCUGGAGCUCAACUGCAACGGCCAGUCACAGAGGGGCAUGUCUAUCUCAACCAUGCAGCUGGGAACUGUGGAGGACUUAGAAUGCACAGAAAUCCCAUCAGAGGAGGCUGAACCAAGAACCCCUACGCAUCAGACGAGACAGGGUAUUCCUGUACUGGCUGUGAUGGUAAUCGUGGGAGACAGCCUCCAUAACUUUGCUGACGGCCUGGUGGUGGGGGCGGCCUUCUCCUCGUCCACCGAGACAGGCAUGGCGACCACCGUGGCCAUCCUCUGCCAUGAAAUCCCUCAUGAAAUGGGUGACUUUGCGGUGUUGCUAAGCUCAGGUCUCUCUGUGAGGAAUGCAGUGAUGAUGAACCUCCUCAGUGCUCUGACGGCCUUCAUCGGCCUCUACAUCGGCCUCUUCGUCUCCUCGGAGCCAGAGGUCCAGCAGUGGAUCUUCACCGUUACUGCGGGGAUCUUCCUCUAUCUGUCGCUGGUAGAGAUGCUCCCAGAGAUGAGUCGUGUGAAGACCAACAGGCCCUGUAUCAUGUUCCUCCUGCAGAACCUUGGUCUCCUAAUGGGCUGGGCCUGUCUUCUGCUCCUUGCACUGUUUGAGCACAAACUUAAGUUUUGAUGACAGGACACACACACAUCCUACUAUGGUAUCUGCCAUGCAAAUAUGUAAUUGAUGGCAAUGUUGAUGGUACUUUGUGGUCUUGCUUUUUUUUGUUGUCAUUUUGACAUCUUGUUUAUUGAUUACUGCAUUAUUUACUGACACACCAUAUGAAGACCGUGAACAGCACAUUUAAAAUGUCACAAGCAAGAAACAUUUCACAAGUGACCGGAUAAUAGAGUGACGUGAAUAGUAGCAGUGACGAUGUGAAUCAAAUGUCAUUUUAGAUCCAGUGGUUACGCAUAAUGUGUUAGAGCUGGAUGAAUCCACUUUUGUAUGAAUCGGAUGCCUAAAUGUGAUCUUUAGGACAUGAACACAUCUUCUGUGUGAUGAUUUAUUUUUGUAUGGCGUACUGUGUCACAUAGGGCACAUAGCUAGCUUGCAGUCUGUCUGUCACAUCUAUGUCUGGACAUGAUAGUGUCAGAUGUCUAGUCUACAGUGCCAGACGAGAUCUUUGUAUACAGAUACCUUGCUUGUAUGUGUAUAUUUGCCAUGAAAUACAGUGUCUCCAGAAAGUAUUCAGACCCCUUGACUUUUUCCACAUUUUGUUAGUUUAGAGCCUUUUUUCUAAAAUUGAUUAAAUUGAUGGUUUUUAUCAUCAAUCUACAGUCAUGGCCAAAAGUUUUGAGAAUGACCCACAUAU